UUCAGAUGAAUGAAACAUUGCGACUCACACCAUCAGAUGUCACCGAUUGGUUCAUGGAAGAUAAUGCCGGUGGAGAUCAUAAAAUUCCACAUGUUAUCCUAAAUGAUAAAUUGAUGACAGAUGCAUUGUUGGGAACCAUCCCGAUAAAAGCCGAGCACAGCUACAGUCUUGCAAGCGAUGGCGAUUCCAUGCCCGAUUCUCCUUCUGAUGGUACGAAAGUCGAAGAUCUUGAUGAUGGUUGCCACAACAGCUACAAUCAGAGUGACAGCAACAACAAUAACACUACAAUCAGCAGUCAAAAACAGAAGAAAUUCCUUCAGCUACUAAACAACAGCGCGUCCAGUACCAACAUCUUUGGUGCUGGCGGUUUGAGAACACCUUACUACAAUGGAAGCCAACCAAAAAGCUUCAGCGAUUCGGGCUCAAGUUCCAGCAGUAUAUCUGACUUGGAUGACAUCACAGUUGUUAAAGAAGAGCCAAUGUCACCUCACUCGAGUUGCCCGCCAUCGCCAAGCAGUAACUACAACAUUCCAUUGCCCAGCAUCUCAUCAAUCAAUCCUGAUUUGAUGUUUGAUCGCAAGCCAUCAUCAAUGCUGAGAGAUCAGCAUUCGUUUACCUCUCAAACCUGCUCCACAUCACGAAUCAAAUCGGAACCGCAAGUUUCGAAUUUUGGUUUACCUCCAACUCCACCCUCAUCAACUCCUGGCGAUGAGUCAAAAGGAAAUUCGAGUCCGGAGCAUAGCACGACUCCUAUGUCACCGCCAGUCACCUCAACAAGCAGCUCGAAAAAAUCGCAAUGUAAUAAUGCGACACAUUCAACGCGCGGCUAUACUAACUCCACCCGCCAACCUAUUCACACGCCAUUAAUCAGCAAUCAGCCAAAAGGCUCAACUGGAGAGUUGGUGCUGACAGAUGAAGAGAAGCGCACAUUGUUGGCUGAAGGUUAUCCGAUUCCACAGAGACUUCCUUUGACGAAAGCUGAAGAAAAGUCAUUGAAAAAAAUUCGGCGAAAGAUUAAGAAUAAGAUCUCAGCUCAGGAGUCACGCCGUAAAAAGAAGGAAUAUAUGGAUCAACUUGAAAGGCGUGUUGAAAAACUUGUGAUGGAAAAUAAUAAUUUCCGUCAAAAAGUUAAAACUUUAAGUGACGAGAACAGCAAUUUGCUUAAAGAAUUGCAGCAGCUACUUUUCACCAGCUUUCCCAAGAAUCAAUCGCUCGUCAUUAGCCGAAAUGCAAAGCGUUUACUACGCGCAGAUCUUGAAGAAAAGAUCGAUUCAACAUUGGAAUAAUUUUGUACCUUGAAUGGUGACAUUUUUUGUUUCUUUCUUACACCAGCUCGCAAGAAGAGCUCACUCUAAUCCGUUCAAUCUUUUUGACUUGACUUACUUAUUAUAUUAAUUUUAAUUGAAAAUCUUUCUGAUUAAUGAUGCAACAUGAAAAAAAGACCAGA